UUGAUCUAUAAAUUAAUUGAUUUUAGGCUUGUUUACCUGAGCACAUUGACUGUUGAGUACUGAAUUGAUGUCGACACGCCGUAAACAAAACUUAUUCGUUCUCUGCAGUGGAUGUCAAAACAUCGUACAACACUUGUCAUCAUUUCUUUUUUCUUAGAUCUUCCAAUAAUACCAACCUGUAACAAGUAAUUUGUUCUUACUCCUCCGUACAGGGUAGACCUUUUACUUUGUUAAAUUUGCUGUCGUUUGAAAUUUCGGCUAUUUUUAUAUUAUUGCUACUUGAUUUCCGUAAUAAAGAUAAUACAUAAUGUUUUGGUUCACUAAAAAAUCUAUCUAUACAUCAUGAUGUACUUGCAUCGUCGAAUUGCUAGUGGUGUAAGUGUAUAAGGAGUGCUUUGUGCUUUUAAAGGCUUACCGUGAUUGGGAGCUCUUCCAUAUCUAUUAAUAUAUUUGGUGGCUCUUGUCCCUGGCCAGUAGCCACCCCGGAUAUAGUAUAUAAUACUAUAUUAUUUACAUGAAUACAAUUGAUCGAUCAAUUCACGUACCUGUCCCACUAUACAUCGACUUGCAGUGUUUGAUUUAGAAAAUAAACUAGAAGAGGCGGUACUCAUCGGCGGAUGUUGGAUGAUCGAGUGUCAACACAAAAUUUUCUAUGAGCAAAAUACAAUUUCUUAUCAUUAUAUUUUAUGUUAUAUUUGCAUCAGAAAAGCUGAUGAUUUACUGAAAAUUAACUGUAGUAAAUGUUACGUUCUCAGCGUUCCGUUUCAAAUAAGUAGAAGGGGAGCGUAAAAAAAAAUUUAAAAAGAAGGGGACUUCGUCCAUCACACCACCCAAAUCAAGCACUGUCGACUUGUAUUUUAUUCAUGAAAAGUUGUAUAGAUGAAAGAUGAAAAUCGUUUUAUAAUAUUAGAGUCUAUCGUUGAAGUUUUUACAUUCAAAUUUAAUACAACUUUUUUUUAACUAGCCUGUUGUGCCAAGAAAAAAAUUUUUACAGUGCCCUAGUGGUGGGUACGAAUUUAUCGACCGAAAAAAAGAGAAAGACGGUGUGGAGGAUAAAUAAAUUAUAUUAUACAACAAAGGGUUAAUAUGUCGGUCACGAUUGUUGUCGGAUUGCUCGCGCUAUUGUUGGUCACCCAACUAUCCGAUGGUCAAAUCGAUCGAAAUUCCGAGGUUGCGAUCGAGCACUGUCAAGUAGACGGAAUUUCCACAGCUGAAAACGAGCACUGUCAAGUCGACCGUAUUCCUGGCAUAGGAAUCGUGGACGACGGUCUGCCGGGCCCGUGGAUAUCGGAUCUCUUUAACCGAGCACUCUUCAAUUUUUCAAUCAAACAUGUCGGCAGCUCUGCUUGCCGGACUCAAUCCGACAUGUACGACAGACAUUUGCAGAAUCAUACCAGUUGGGCAGUUAGAAUGUCGGAAUCUUGGAACCGAUAUCCGAUCGGCCUACUAGCGGGCAACAGGUAUGAUAUGGGAAUUUACGACGAAUGUGUUGACGUACGUCAUCCGGUGAUAGGACAGUAUUGUUUGUCUGAUAUAAAACUAAAACAAUUGGUAGCUAAAGAUUACAGUUUCAACAGAACGGAGGAUCUAGAUGAUUUCGGGAACAAAAAUGCCUGGAAAACUGUACUCGGGUGGGGUGAUUAUUUGGAUAAAGUGCAUCGAAAUGGGUUGAAUUUAGGAAUAUGUAUUCCAAAUUCAUGUUCGGCGUUAGACCUACAGACUUCAAUGCAAAAUGAACUAGACAGGGUGUUCUUUCCAGAAGGGAUCAAGGCUAUUGUCAGAGUGGAUCCAAUAAUGUGCACAAUCGGGGGAGACAUGUAUCCCUAUGAUAAAAACUUCUAUUUGACCAGCAUAUUUUUGUUAAUGCUUGUUUUGAUUUGCUGUGGAACAACAUUGUAUCACUUCAUAAGAAUAUCAUACAAUAAAAAUCCAAAAGAAACCCCCAAUGAAAGUGUUGGUUUAUUUUGCGAAACAUUUUCAUUGAUUAAUUCAAGCAAUGGAUUAUUAGAAUUCGAUAAGGACAACGAAUUGAAUUCAUUGUAUGGUUUUAAAGUAUUAAUGAUGAUGAUGGUUUUAUUAUGUCAUAGUUUAUUUUAUUCAUUCUCAAAUCAUCCACAUAAUCCUAAAUUCAUGGAAAGUAUAUAUGUAAAUGGACCAGAUAGUUUAUUAAUUUUGGGAAAUAUAGUCGAUCCGUUUUUUUUUGUAAGCGGAUUCCUUAUGUAUCUGAAUAUGUCUAAAUCAUUUCAAAAAGCUGAAAACGGAUUAAAAAAAAUUAUUUCAGCAAUCAUCAACCGUAUGUUGAGGUUAUUACCGGCGUAUUGCACAAUAAUGGCGAUCACAUCGCAUAUCUUACCACAUCUUGGAGACGGACCGCUGUGGCCCAAGAUGAUAUGGGAAGAAGCAGAAAUUUGCAAAAAUUAUUGGUGGACCAAUUUGUUGUUCAUAAGCAAUUUUAUUGAUGUCAAAUAUGGAUGUCUCAUAGUAAACUAUUAUGUGUCUUGUGACGUUCAGUUUUUCAUCGUUGGAGUCAUAAUUGUUUACGCUUACAUGAAAAACACUAAAUACGGGAUCAGGUUACUCGCUUCGAUACUGAGUUUGUCGUUAUUCGUACCGUUUCUAGUAACGUUUUUGACGAAAAGAUUUGGAAUAGAUAUGUUAUAUAUUACUUAUAUAGAAAACUUUAGAAUUUUCAUGUCUUCAAAUAAGUCGUACAGAUUAAGUUAUAUGCGAGCCACACCGUUCUUUAGUGGUUUAGCUACGAGCAUUAUCGUAGAAAAGUUGAAAGAAAAAAAAGUAAUAUUUUCACGCAUCACAGUCUAUGGCGGGACUUUCAUUGUUUUCGUAAUUUGUAUUAGUGCUCAGCUUUAUGGUACUAAAUUUUACACUUGGCAGAGACAUUAUUAUCCGUUGGAACAUGCUCUGUACAAAGUCGUCAAUAAUUGUACGUUGACGGUAUUGUGCAUGUGGUGUUUCAUUUGCUUUUUCACGUUUGGAUAUUAUGGCCCCUUUAGACAUGUACUCAACAACAGACUUGUAAUGGUUUUGGGAAGACUUUCGUAUUCAGUUUUUAUGGUAAACAUCACUGUCAUUAUGGUGUCUCGGAGUUCACUAAGAUUGCCGUCUUACCUUUCGGUAAAAUCCUUGACUGAUAAUUGGAUAACGGAUACAUUUAAGUGUUAUCUGAUUGCCUUACCAUUAUACUUAGUAGUCGAAGCGCCAUUCAAUAAAAUUAUUAAACGAUGGAUUAGACUAGGAAAUUAAUAUUCUCCCCAAGCUAAUAUUCUUCAAUAAGGUUAGCCAAAGGGUGUAUUUCUCAAUCAAACAUGUCAGCAACUCUGCUUUCCGGACUCAAUCUGACUUGUACGACAGACAUUUACAGAACCACACAAGUUGGACCAGUGGCGUAGCCAGGGGAGGUGAUGAAGGGGUUGCUGCCCUCCCCGACAUUUUAAGAAAAUUGAAAAAUUAUUUUAAUGGUCUAAGAAAAAAGAACCUAGUUAAACCGCCGCUGUGAAAAAAUUGAUUGCCUCCCCCGAAGAAAAACCCUGGCUACGCCACUGAGUUAGGCAGUUAGAAUAAGCGGAUUCCCCGUGUAUCUGAAUAUGACUUAGUCCUUUCAAAAACCCAAAGACGGAUUAAAAAAAAAUAUUUCGCAAAUUAUUAAACGGAUGUUGCAGAGAUUGUUACCAGCGUAUUGCACAAUGAUGGCGAUCACGGAUCAUAUCUUACCAUAUCUUGGAGACGGACCACUGUGGCCAAAGAUAAUAUGGGUAGAAGCUGAAAUUUGCAAAAAAUGUUGGUGGGCUUAUUUGUUGUUAAAAGCAAUUUUAUUAAUGUCAAAUAUAGAGAAAGACAUGGUUAAAUAAUA